AUGAUUGAGGUUUCUGUUUCUGGACAGGCUCUUGAAGACGACGACCCAGUGACUGUGACGUUCCCGUCGACGCUCCGGCGGGUGAUAUUAGAAGCGUGGUGGGAUUUGGGUUUUACACGACGACCCAGUGACUGUGACGUUCCCGUCGACGCUCCGGCGGGUGAUAUUAGAAGCGUGGUGGGAUUUGGGUUUUACGUGAGUCUCAAGUUUUCUUCUUCAGUCAACAACAAGGGGAUGCCCAUCUUUGCAGAUGUCCCACCAAAGUCAACAACCGUUAUUUUGGAAAUUAAUUAUCAACGAGAUUCUCAAGUGUACUUUUCCUGCGGUUAG